GGUAGAAGUAGAAUUUUCCUGUAUCUGUACAUGAGCUUUUGUGUUUCUUUCUCCCAGUUUUAUAUGGUUGUUUCGGCCUUCUGUACGGGUUGGUAGCUCACUCUUGGGAAAACGGUGAUACGUUUCUUGCCUUGCUUACUAGCUUGUAUUUUCUGUUACAAGAGGCGAUGACAGACGGCAUUGAUCUUCCAAUCGCGCUGCGGCGGACACGUCGAAGCACUACAGGCCCUCUCACAGGCACGACAUCAUCAUGUACAGUUCGGAUUAAUAUUGAAGCCUCACCCAAAUCAUCAAAGCAGCCAUGCACCCCCUCAUUGGAUGUUUCCUCAACUCCCAGGAAAAAGAACCGCCGCCCUCGGAAACAGGUCAGGUUUUCCGACCCAGGCCCAAUUCUGGAUCAACUGCAAAAUGAAGACCACCCAUUGUCCACAGGACUCACGCCAAUGGUCAAGAAGACCUCCCUUGCUCCAAUUGCAUCUUCUCGAAGGCGCCACUCUACCCCAGCAAAAUCACCAUCUUCAUUGUCAAGAAACGGCUUGGACUUGUACACGAACCAUGACAGUUACGCAUCCCCCUUGAGUGGAGAUGUGAAGCUUCUACCUCUACGUCAGGUUCUGGAUGGCCGUGUCAAGCGGAGGCUUCGCCGCAACGGGCUCAGCGAGGAGAUGAACUCUAUCCAUGCGGAAAAGAGGAAGAAGGAGGCCGAGGCCAAGGCAGAGCUCCAGCGUCUCAGGGAUGACCUGUCAGCCAAGGAUGCGGAAAUAAGUCAGCUCAGAGCAGUACAGCAACAGCAGCACCAGGAUACACAAUGUCUAGAUCUACACGUUCACGAGGAGCUUGAUCCUGACCUGACCAUAGAUACCAUGGUUGGCAAUACUGAGCGCAUAUUCGACCUGGAAAGAGAAGUGGCUAGACUUCGGCAGCAGCUCCAUGACCGAACCGAGACCACAAUAGAAAACACACGCAGCUAUGAAUGGACGUUGGCAGCUCGAGACCCAUUUGCCUUGGGCGAGUAUUCGAUGAUGGAUAUUGAUGACGAAGAUGACGACGACCAGUUUGGUGAUGCCACCAUGGCAGAGCUGCAAUGCAGCACCCCAUCUCGGAGGGCGGGGUCCAGGAAGACUGCCAACGAGGCCGCUGCAGCGUCCUUCCCAUCACCGCCGGCAACCAGUCCUCUGGCCAGGGGACUGCAGACGCCGAGCUCUCUUCGCUUCUGUUCGCUUCCCGAAUCGCACAUUGGCGUACAGGCCUCACUGCCCGACCCAGAAAGGCAGCAGCUGGAAGAACAACUAGCAUCGCUUCAGAUGGAGGUUUCAAAGCUCACUGCAGCGCUGCAGUCUUACCAAUCAUUAGCAGGCCGAGUAUCCGACCGGAUGUCGCUGGUGACCGUCAGCACCACCACCACGACCGCGCCAGAAACCAUCACGGACCAAUCGCCAGAGCCCGCCAUCGAGGCACGGCUCGCGGACCUGCUCACCACUGUUUCCGACCGCACAGCAGCGCUCGACUCUUUAUCAACCUCCAUCACGGACCUCGGAUUCCCCGGCUCGGAUGCCGGCGAGAUGUUGAUCUCGAUGGUCAGCGCCUUCCGCACCGCCCGCCUGGAGCUGGAAUACCUCACGCCAGGCGAGAUCACGCUCCCGCUCAGCUCGGCGGGCGCCGCGGUGCUCGACCUGCUGCUGACUCGGCUGCGCGAUCUCGCAAAGCGCGCCCGCGAAGACGAGGCGACCAUCGACGAGUACCACGCACAGGAGCUUUCCCUGCGGCAGCAGCUGUCCGCCCGGGUGGACGUCUCGGGUGAGCUGGCGGCGGAGGUCCAGAACCUGAAGGAGCAGCUGGAGGACCGCGAUGCCAAGGUCGCAGAGCUACAGGUCGGCCUCGACCGGCUCAAGGGGGCAGCGGCGAGCUACACGCGCGACAUUUCAGAGCUGGAAAAGUUGGCGGAGCGAGUGGAGGCCCAACGCAUAGCCGCGCUCGACGAGUGCGAGCUGCUCAGGGGCGCUGCCGCAGCCAGGGACACCGAGGUGGACGAGGCGCGCAGAGCUCACGACGCCGCCGUUGCCGAGCUCGAAACAAAGCUGGCCACGCUGCUAGCCGAAGCUGGCGAUUUGCGUGUCCGGCUCGCCAACGCAGAGGCGGAUGCCGCUGGGGCAAAAAUAAAAUGUGCCAACCAGACCAAGAAGCUCAACAUGGCCCACGGGAGGCAGUUGGCUCUUCGCGAUGCCCGCGUGGCUGAGCUCCGCAUCGAGGUCGACCGCGUCAACGGUGCCCUUCGCGCGGCGCACGAUACCGUCUGCCAGCUCAGGGUCGAGAAGAGCAGGCUCGAGGGGCGCGUUGAGGAUGAGAAGACUGCUGCCAAAAAGGCCGUCGAUGCCAUGAAGGAGGAGCUCGAGCGUGUCGUUCAGAUGAGCCGCGAGUUUUUGGCCUCGACCCCCCAGAAUAAAAACUUGGAAGAAUCCACUUCGAGCAGAUCAGCGAGGUAUUCUCGCACCCCUUCAGCCCGAAAAAGCCAACAAGUUGAUGGGAUGCCCACAACUGUGGUUCGCUCCGGAGGCUUGUUCGAUGCAGCCAAGACGCGGAGGCGGAGUAGUGUGGGCGAGGGCGACGAUUCUGCUGUUGCCAUCGCCCCGGAGGAUGGGACUGCCAAAGGAAAGAAACGCCGCCGAUAUGACAGCGGUCUGGGUUUUCUCGACGAGGAGGAUGUGGACUUUUGAUUCUCGUUCGUUUUUUUGUCUGAUGAUUUGGAUAUGAUUGUACGAUCUUUGUGGGAUUUCGCUCGCUGUACCCAUUUCUUCUGUCGGCUUACAUUCACUAUGUGUCAUUUUUUUAUUUGUCUCUUUCCCUGUUCGGGUACAUUAUUCGAUCGAACCGCUAUUGGACGCUGCAAGAUGCCUGCCUUCUUGGAGCUCUUUCUCUCUUAGACUUGUUCAAAUAUCAUACUAGCUUCUUACAUCCAUCAAUCAUAUUCUGCCAAACGGUUACACAG